UUCGACUCACCUAAUCUUGGUGAUUUGUAGCCUUAAACUAAUAUGGCGACUUCCAUUGACACCGUGGAUUUUGAGCCUUCAUUGCAAAAUAUAUUAGAUCAAACUUCCUUAAAAUGGGUGUUUGUGGGUGGAAAGGGAGGUGUUGGAAAAACGACUACCAGCUGCAGCUUGGCUGUCCUAUUGGCGGGAGUGCGAGAGUCUGUGCUUAUCAUUUCCACAGACCCUGCCCACAAUAUUUCAGAUGCAUUCAAUCAAAAGUUCUCGAAGGUCCCAACACCAGUGAAAGGGUUUGAUAACCUUCAUGCCAUGGAGAUCGACCCCAAUCUGGGAAUAUCUGAACUUCCAGAUGAAUAUUUUGAACAAGAUGUGAUGUCCAUGGGAAAGCAAGUUGCACAAGAGCUUCUUGGAGCAUUCCCGGGAAUUGAUGAGGCAAUGAGUUUUGCAGAGGUCAUGAAAUUGGUGAAGACAAUGAACUUCUCUGUGGUCGUGUUUGACACGGCCCCAACCGGUCACACCCUGCGCCUCCUCUCCUUCCCCACAGUCGCAGAGAAGGGGCUGGGAAAACUCCUCAGACUCAAGAACCAAGUUGGACCUUUUAUAUCUCAGAUGGGCAACAUGAUGGGAAUGGCGGACAUGAACGCAGACGACAUGUCAGGCAAGCUAGAUGACAUGAUGGCCACCAUCCGCCAGGUUAACGAGCAGUUCAAAAACCCAGACCAGACCACAUUCGUAUGCGUGUGUAUCGCAGAGUUCUUGUCUCUGUAUGAGACUGAGAGACUUGUUCAGCAGCUCAUGCAGUUCGGUAUCGACACUCACAACGUUGUGGUCAACCAGCUGUUGUAUCUUGCCAAGGGUGAGGAACCCUGCAAAAUGUGCAUAUCUCGCCACAGGAUACAGAAGAAAUAUUUAGAUCAGAUUGCUGACCUGUACGAAGACUUCAAUGUGACCAAGCUGCCUCUGCAAGAAGAUGAAGUGCGGGGAGUUGACAAAAUUAAGGCGUUCUCCAAGUUACUGGUGCAACCAUACAAACCUGAUCAGACGUGACACAAAUGACCCACCAUAGGGACAUUGAUGGGGCAUUGAUGCUAGCAAUAUUAACCCUUUCCCACUCAGAAGCAUAGUGAAAAUUAUAAAUAAGGGCAAACAGAAAAAUCCCAUAACAACCUGCAAGUAAUUGCAGUCUGUUCAGGUUUUAUGCUGUUUGCUGCUCAUCAGUAUCUUAGGGUUGGACAUGAAGCCUUUAAAACUUGAAUCUAGUAAGAAAGGUCUUAAAUUAAAUUUUAACUUUCUUAGGGACUACAAAUGCAUCAUAAUAAGUAUCUAAGUGGUAAAGGGUUAUAUGGGUGUUACUCUGGGAUAAUGUUGCUUAACCCUUUGCAUGCUGGGAUAUUUGUCGUCUUCUAAAAUGUUGUCUGCUGAAUUUCAAAAAUUAGCUUUUUCUUCAUUUUUUUUCAAAGAAUACUAUCAGAAUAGCAAACAGUUUGGAUCCUGAUGAGACGCCACGUUUUGUGGCGUCUCAUCAGGAUCCAAACUGUUUGCAAAGGCCUUCAAAAUUCGGUUCCAGCACUGAAAGGGUUAAAGCAUGGGUACAAAGUCACAGGUUUGCCUGUGCAUACCUUUAAACAAACAAGAGCUGUGAUUGAAUAACAGAAUGCGCUUUUAUGCGGCACAGAAGAAUUUUUUUAGGGAAAUAAAAUGGUCACAGUGACCUUGACCUUUGACCUAGAGACCUCAAACCAUGUUCGAUUGUAGAUCUCAAUGAGAUGCUUGCACAUGUGAAGUUUAAAGAACAUAAACCCAAGAGUUUUCAUUUUAUGAGCAAGGUUAAAGUUUUGGGAAAUACACACACAUACAAUGACAGACAGUCAGACAGACACGCCAAAAACAAUAUACCCCCUGAUAAUUCGAUCUGGGGCAUAACAAUAUUAUUAUACCCCCACAAACGAAGUUUAGGGGGUAUAUAGGAGUGAGCUUGUCGGUCGGUCGGUAUUUAGUGUCCGCUCUCUAUUUCAAGUUGUUUUCAUCAGAUCUUCACCAAACUUGGUCAGAUGUUGUAUCUAGAUGAUGCCUAGGUCAAGUUCGAAUAUGGGUCGUGCCGGGUCAAAAACUAGGUCACAGGGUCACUUAGUGCGUUUUAAACAUUGAGCAUGGUGUCCGCUCUAUAAUUGAAGUAGUUUUCAUCCUAGCUUCACCAAACUUAGUCAGAAGUUGUAUCUAGAUGAUGUCUAGGCCAAGUUCAAACAUGGGUCAUGGCAGGUCAAAAACUAGGUCACAGGGUCACUUAGUGCGUUUUAAACAUUGAGAAUUGUGUCCGCUCUCUACUUCAAGUAGUUUUCAUCAGAUCUUCACCUCACUUGGUCAGAAGUUGUAUCUAGAUAUGUAGGUCAAGUUCGAACAUUGGCCAUGCUGGGUCAAAAACUAGGUCACAGGGUCACUAUGUGCGUUUUAAACAUUGAGCAUGGUGUCUGCUGUUUUUUGUGAAGACAACAUGCAAAAUAUUUUUUGUCAAUGCGGAAUGUGGGGGUAUUAGUCACGUCUGUGACAAAGCUCUAGUUAAUGCUGAAAAUGUCAUUUCUGAUUAUCCUGUGCAGAUUGCGCAGGCUAAUCUGGGACUACACUUUACGCUCAGGCAUUAAGUCUCAUUUUUCCAGGGUGAGGCUUAAUUAUUUUAUUAAUGAAGUCUCUUUGUUGUAUUAUUUAUACCUGAGUCUUCAGGAAUUGUAUUGUAAGUGUAAUUUAUAUGUACCUUUUCAGGACUUUGAUUAACUUAAGAAUUGUCUGGCCUUAAAAAUUUAAAGUUUUGCGUAUAAUUCUGCUAAAUUUUGAGAGUAGCAUACAAGAACUGAGAAUUAUAAUGUAUGAAAUUCAAUAAAUGUUUAAUGGUAGACAAUUAAUUACUUUAAUCAGGUGCGACUCUGUUUAAAAUUGUGUUUUGAAAUUUCCUGAUUAUAUAUGGUUAAAUAGUUCAAGAUAGACAUUUCCAGUCAAUGUUGAGGAGUUGUAGAUUUUGGUGUCUGGAGUAAGUAUAUGUUCCAGUAUAUUUUAUGUUUUAAAACUCAAAGUAUGGAAAACCAUUUGUAGGCAGGUAAUGCGAUUUGAGAGGUAAUAAAGAUCAUUGAUUGUUGAGAACAAAUUCUGGUUAUCAGGAGUUUUGUUUGAAAAAUUGUAUGCCAUUUAUAAAUUUAAAUAUAUGCGUUUUGUCUAUAUUGUGUGUUGUAAAAAUUAUAUAUUUAAAAUUGAUAGAAAGGGCCUUUUUGCUUAAAUUUUGAAGAGCCGUUUAAUAAUGGAUUAAGUUAUGUGACUUUAUUGUUAACCCUUUAAUAUGUGUUCAUUGCAAAUAAAUUUAUUCACUGAAAUAAUUUGUAAUGUUUGAUAAUAAAAUUGCUUCUACAAUAUAUUUUAUUAUGCCCCCCUUCGAAGAAGAGGGGGUAUAUUGCUUUGCUCAUGUCGGUCGGUCGGUCGGUAGGUCGGUCGGUCCGUCCACCAGGUGGUUGUCGUAUGAUAAGUCAAGAACGCAUACGCCUAGGAUCAUGAAACUUCAUAGGUAGAUUGAUCAUGACUCGCAGAUGACCCCUAUUGAUUUUGAGGUCACUAGGUCAAAGGUCAAGGUAACGGUGACCCGAAAUAGUAAAAUGGUUUCCGGAUGAUAACUCAAGAACGCAUACGCCUAGGAUCAUGAAACUUCAUGGGUAGAUUGAUCAUGUCUCGCAGAUGACCCCUAUUGAUUUUGAGGUCACUAGGUCAAAGGUCAAGGUCACGGUGACCCGAAAUAGUAAAAUGGUUUCCAGAUGAUAACUCAAGAAUGCAUACGCCUAGGAUCAUGAAACUUCAUGGGUAGAUUGAUCAAGACUCGCAGAUGACCCCUAUUGAUUUUGAGGUCACUAGGUCAAAGGUCAAGGUCACGGUGACCCGAAAUAGUAAAAUGGUUUUCGGAUGAUAACUCAAGAACGCAUAUGCCUAUGAUCAUGAAACUUCAUAGGUAGAUUGAUCAUGACUCGCAGAUGACCCCUAUUGAUUUUGAGGUCACAAGGUCAAAGGUCAAGGUCACGGUGACCCGAAAUAGUAAAAUGAUUUUUGGAUGAUAACUCAAGAACGCUUUUGCCUAGGAUCAUGACACUUCAUAGGUACAUUGAUCGUGACUGGCAGAUGACCCCUAUUGAUUUUCAGGUCACUAGUUUAUUCUGUUUUCACACUGUCCAGUAAAGAGACUUACAAAUUGAAUUUUUGACACAUGUUAAUUCAUAAUGAUGUAUAAGCCUUUGUUUCUGUGCCAGUAAAUACUAUGUUUAUGGAAAUGACGUGAGAAUUCAACAUUUAAAAAACCAAUGUAAUAUGAUAUGUAAUAAUAUUAUAUGGCAACAGGACAGUUGUGAUUUGCUGGGUCAAUUCUAUUUAGCUUGACCAUCCAAGCGGUUGAUAGCUUUGACAAACUGGUGGUCUGAAACAUUGAGAAAAUGUCACGAUUCACUGACAAUAAAUCAAACAUGUAAUUCUUGCUACGCAACUUGCAUUUAAUUUUGUCAAUUCAAAUUAUACAUAAAAAUAUAAUUAAUUUUUAAUCUGCUUGUUAAUUGAAAAACAGCAACACAGUUUGUAUGUAUAAAACAAUGUUAAUACAUAAAUAGGAUCAAGCAUAUUAAAAUAUCAACUUAGAUUUAGUUUCCUUUACUGUACAGGAUUUGUAAAGUUAGGUUAAUAUUUGUGUAUUGAACAAAAAUAACAACAGUGUAAAGAAAAGUUAAUUUGGGGAUGUUCUAUCCAAACCCUGAGAGUUCAGAUUUCCUCAAAUGCCAAGUAAAGAUUGUAAAUUUCAACCCACUCGUCUGGUUAGUUUUCAGAGGCACAUAUAAUUAACUUUUAGGCUUAGUGUCUCAUUUGUACAUGCAUUACUGUAUUAACUCCGAAUCAACUAGUACAAGUGGUAGGCCAGUAUUACAUGGACUGGUGUUCACUGUUUACACAGUUUCACAACCCCAUCUGAUACUGGUCAGUAUCUUGGCAAGUGGCCAAAGUUGGGAGUGGAAUUAAUGGUCUAUUACAUAACUGACUUCUGUGUGUGGUAAACACAUGAUACUGGUCAUGUGGUCAAGUUGCACUUAUACACAUUUGCCCAAUACAAAACACUAGCCUUGGCUAUUUUUAAUCAGAUUGCAUUGCUAUCUAUGGUGGUCAUUGACUAGGGGAGUUAACUGCUAUAAAUAACAUGUUUCAUUACCAUUAAUAAAUAAAACAUAACAAAUUGUGUGCACGUUUCACAUAUUGUCAAAUAAGUCAAAAUGUGUGAAAGGAAUCCAAAAAAUCAAAGACUCAAUCAUAUAAUGGAUAUAAUUGAUUAGUAUAGGUCCUGAUUGGUUUUUGCACUAUUAAUUGGAUACAUUUCACAGGUCAUUGACAUACAGUGACACAAAAACAUAUUCACACAAUGGCUGUCACUACAACGGAGAGCCCAUAUGGGGGGCAUGCAUGUUUUACAAACAGCCCUUGUUUUGGUCUGCAGUUAACAGACUUAAUUUGCAGUUUAAGUUUUUAGCAACCAGGCCGCAAUGAUUUGUCUAUAAGUUACCAUACAUUGUAUGUUGUGCAUGAUAUUUAUUUCUUUGUCAUUUAAAAACAUGUUUUAUUUAAAAAAGAUUGCCAAUAAAGUUAAUCAAAA